AUGAAUACGACCCCCCCACCUGCUACGCUUGGCCAACUUCCGUUCGAAAGGAAUUUGAAGAUUCUUUCUUCCAUUUUCUUUUUUUCACCUAUUCUUCAACUACUUCUCUUUUCUUCUUCUUCUUUCUUCUUCUUCUUCUUCUUCUUCUUCUUCAUUUCGUUCUUUCUUCCGUCUUUCCAAUAUCUUUUUCUUCUUCUGUUUCUUCAUAUCCCUCUCUGUCCGCUUCCUUUCUUUUUAUUUUCUAUUUUCUUUUUUUCUUCUUCUUUCUCAAAUCCUUCCUCUACUCUUUCUUCUUCGCCAUUUUCUUUUUCUUUUUCUUUCUUCAUAUCUUUUUUAUUUUCUUUCUUCUUCGUUUUCUUUUUAUUUUCAUUUUUCUUCUUCUUCUUCAUAUUCUUUCUCUUCUCUUUCUUCUUCGCUAUUUUGUUUUUCUUUUCUUUCUUCGCUUUCUUUUUAUUUUCUAUUUUCUUCUUCAUCUUCUUUUUCUCCUUCAUAUCUUUCCUUUUCUCUUUCUUCUUCGCCAUUUUCUUUUUCUUUUUCUUUUUCAUAUUUUUUUCUUUUCUUUCUUCUUCGUUUUCUUUUUAUUUUCCUUUUUCUUCUUCUUCUUCAUAUUCUUCCUCUUCUCUUUUUUCUUCGCCAUUUUCGUUUUCUUCUUUCUUCAUAUUUUUUCUUUUCUUUCUUCUUCGUUUUCUUUUUAUUUUCCGUUUUCUUCUUCUUCAUAUUCUCCCUCUUCUCUUUCUUCUUCGCUAUUUUGUUUUUCUUUUCUUUCUUCGCUUUCUUUUUAUUUUCCAUUUUCUUCUUCAUCAUUUUCUUCUUCAUAUCUUUCCUCUUCUCUUUCUUCUUCGCCAUUUUCUUUUACUUAUUCUUUUCUUCUAUUUCUCUUUCUUCGUUCCAUAUCCAACACACCCUUUAUUCUUCAUUCCUAUCACUUAUAUAUACUCAUUUAUUCUUUAUUUAUUCUUAUUCUGUUUACGUCUUCUUUUUUGCUUGUCACUUCUGCCAUGA